AAGAGCUGACGUUGGUUUGAGCGCCUCUAUAAAUUGAGCUCUCGGGGCGCCCCUCUUUCCGUGGCGCGCUCGGUGGUUCCACGCGGCGUGGAGGAUAGCAGAAGUGCGGGAGCGAUCGGCGGCGAUAUUCCUCUUAUCGUUGAGUUCUAUUGUUGGGAAGUCUCUUCUUCUCGUAAUCGCUUCCCGGAUUUGGGUUUCCGUCGCUUGACCUUGAUCCAAGACAGUGCAACGAGAGGACCGGGUCAUCCAUUAGCUGAGAAAUGGAGGUAUAUGGCAAUUCUAUGAUUGCCGAGCCGAGCAAUGUGAUUUACUUGACCAGUAUUCUUAACAAGGGUGGGCCGGUUCCUAGUCACAAAUGUGACAAGAGAUGCCAAAAUGAGCAUGUGUUUGGAAACAUGUACCGCUGCAAACUAACAGGAUUGACGCACAUCUGUGAUAAAAAUUGUGACCAGAGGAUUUUGUACGAUAACCAUAGUUCUCUCUGCAGAGUGAGCGGGCAGGUUUUCCCUCUUUCGCCAGCAGAAGAACAGGUGGUAAGAGGACUGCGGAGGAAGCUCGAAGUCACGAAAACUGAUGGCUGUGCUUUUAAGCGCAGACGAGAUGCCCAGCUGCAUCCUUCUCCUUUUGAGAGGGCUUUUGCUGCAGUCUCUCCAAUAUGCAAUCAAAUUGGAGAUGGCAUGGAUAUGAGUUAGAGCUGAUUUGGUCCCUCCAUCUCCGUUUCCCCCUUUGUUUCUUCUCUUGCCAUCUUUCUUUUGGAUGGAGUUGAGAACUUUUGUUCUAUUAUGGGACCUGAUAUCGUACUAUAUAUGUCAUGGGUAUGCAGGUAAUCUGUAGUAACUUCAAAUUCAUGUUGCUCUGCUGUAAGUGUUUGAACAAUUAAUUGGGAGUAUAAUAAUCUUGGGUACCAACUA